CACAGAAGAAGAUAACCUGCAGAAAACUAAAAUAACUUGCAGGUUUUGAUUUGUAUAACACCAUUUCACUCCAUUAACACGUGAAAUGGUGUUUCUAGCUAAUAUACGGCCGAAGAGAUGAAGAAAGCUUUCGCAACUGGUCACGAUCACAAACCAGAUGUCGAUAAAGCAAAAAGAGUUUACAGAUCAGCAUUGGAGGCCAUCCGGCAGCUUGAUCAAAUCAGCAAAGAAAAGAAAGCGUACAGAAAUGUCUUCCUGCCAAAUGCUGUCGGUUUGAGGAACAAGCUGAAGGAAUACUGUGAGAAGUUGAUGUUCUACAAUCCUGCCGACUAUGGACGUAAAGCGGAGGAGGUGCUGUGGAGGAAAGUCUUCUACGACAUUAUCCAGGUUGUCAAGCACAACAGGAAGCACAUACGACCUCACGGUUCCUUGGAGACGGCGUACCGCUCUCACCUGGCCGCUGCGACAGGCUAUUACAGACACCUGCUGUUCCGACUGCAGCAAGACUUCUCGCUCAAACUGUCGGGAUUUGUCGACUUCCACAUGGUCACAGACAAAGAGACUGGUGCGAUUUCCAGGCGACACACGGGCAGUAAUAAUGUCAUGACGAAGAAAGUGCCCCCAUCUGUACAGGAGUGGGCACAACGGGCCUGCCACAGAUGUCUUAUUUGUCUAGGAGACAUUGCACGCUACCAGCAAGACUUUGACAGUGACCUGAGCGCAGCAACGGCUGCCAGAUACUACUACCAGGCCUUGGUCCUGUUUCCCGAUAUUGGAAUGCCUCAUAACCAGCUGGGAACGCUGUCUGGGUCUCACUACUACAGUUGUGAGGCGGCAUACCAUUACAUCAGAUGCAUGUCUUCAGAGAAGUCUUUUGAAGGAGCCUUUGGGAACUUGAAGCGUUUAUUCGAAAAGAAUUUGAAACGGUACCAGGACUUAGAACAAUACGCAGCCAGAGACUUCUCGCCUGAACAACAAAGGACACAUGACAUCCGUCGUUUUCUUAUCCGGUUUUUAUAUCUGCUUGACCUGUUCUUUGAGACCUCGCGAAGAACUGACAUCAAUGAGGUUUCCUCUUGUUGCCAAGCGACCCUGCAUGACUUCAACCUGUGCAUGUUCUACGAACCGGUAACCAGUGCCGAUGGUGAUGAUGGUGACGAUGUUGAGCUGCAAUACCUCGACGAUGACAUUGUGUUUAAGGUGGUCGUGAUCUGCAUCGCCACCGUCUACCUCCUGCAGAGACAGUGUUCCCAUCAGGUGUCUGCUGCCAUGGCGUUUCUGCUGGCACUGUUCUCUCAUAUCGUCAACCACAUGGUCGUUCGUCUGCAGGGAGCCCUGUACGAGAAGGAGAACCCAAACAAGCUGCUUCAGACAAGCUGUACUCUGGCUGCUAACAAUGCUACUAACGAGAAUGACGCAAGUUCAUCAUCGACGGAUGGAGAAGAUGACCGACCGGAGGCGGAUCAGAGGAAUGGAGUAAAGGCUCAGGGGAAGGAGAAAGAUGGCAGGGAUGAUGACAAGGAAUCCAAGAAAUCUACACAUGGUCGUUUGCGUAAUAUGCGAAGACGUCGCAGAAGGCAACACAGUGACAGCAGUGAAGGGUCGGACCUGUCCUCGGAGAAUGAUCUUAGUGAAGGAAAUGAAGAUUUGGACGAUGGUGAAGUAUUUUCCGAUGGCUCGGAGGACGACCUCGUAACAUUCUUUGACGAAUCCGACUCGGACUCGGACGCACUCACAGAAAAUCACGACCCGCCCUCUGGCUUUUCCGAGUCUGUAGAACAACGACCUACGAAGACCCGGGCCCCUGGCCACUGUCAGAUGAACAACAACUCCAAGUUCGCAGCGCAGGGUUCGAACCCCGUGAACGGGUCGGGCUGGAACGAGGGCAGUUCUAGUGAGAAUUUGGCCUCUCUUUCUUCCGAGCUGUUCUCGACGUCGAUGAUGUUUCUAGGACAGGACUUGUCGUUCAAUCUGCAGAAUUCGUCUCAGUUUGAAAAUGAUAUUGCCGAGUUCGAGAAUGCUAAGGAUAUUAUACAGGCCAGGAAGGACGUACCUGUCCCACCAGGUUUUUCUUCAUCGUCUGAAGCGAAGCAUGUUGCCGAGAUCACUCGUAAGCUGGUCAACUUUGACAUUGAAACCGACACAGAAACAGUUUGGGGAUGCACGGACACAGAGCAUUCGGGAGUGACGGAGAACGAGGCCGAUGAUGACCAGUCGUCCAGCAGCAAUGCCGACAAGUUGGAACUGGAUCAGCUGCGACUACAGCGACUGAUCAGUGUGGUUCAGGAGGAAGGGCUGAUGCCAACCGCCAAACUCAUGUGUGACUGGAUGAAGUGUCACCCCAGCAUCAUCAGCACCUGUGCACAGAGUUCCCAAGCUCUGUGGUGUCGGAUGUCCGUCUUACUAAACUCUUUCCCUUACGAGAAGGAACUCGCACAGCAUGAUCAGUGCUGGUCGGACGAGUUAACGAACGUGAUACUGGAGUCGCGGAAGCUGGACUGGAAUCAGAUGUUUCCGCUGCGAGAAGACAUCAAUCUGUGCCACUUCCCUCCCCUGGCUCACGUGCACAGCACUAUCAGUUUCCAGCCCAUGUACAGAGCCAAGCUCACCGACACACAAGAGACAUUCCUCCGAAUCUGCUGUCUCCGCCAGUUCGGACAUUUUCUUGUUGCCGACGGCAGCCUUGACUUCACGUUUGACGAGGCACAGGAGAUGUUCUUCGGACCCAGUCAGACGUACGAGGAGAGGCAGGAAAAGGUGGCCCAAGACAGAAUGAGAGACGCCGAGACGAGACGCAAUCAGCUCAUGAGAGACAUGGCUCAGCUUCGACUUCAGGCGGAGGUGAGUCAGUUAGAGGGAUCUCUACAGGUUGACCAGUGUGUGUUCCCCCCGUACGUAAUACCCACAACAGACGCACUGUGUACCUCCAUGGCCCUCGUCAGAGACCUAGCCAACAGCGCCCGUGGAAUUGUGGUCAUCACUCUGUCAGUGAUUGACAGUCUGGAUUUCAUGAAGAAAGAAACGAGCGGCGCACGCGAAGCUAUCCGCUGGCUGGAAAACGAGUUCCGCAAAGGAAAUCGAUUUAUCCGUGCUCAGAAGAGCAACGAAACCCUGCCUGGCAGUCACGCGAGACAGCUGAAGAAAAAGAACAGAGAGAUGUGGUGUACCCUGGAGAUUCUGAAUUGCGCAAGGUACCUGGCCCAGCAGAGUGGUACGUUCAGUUCGGGGUGCAUGGUGGCCGUGCUGGCGGACAAACCGAUAAACCCAGACACCGCUCCACCGGAUGUGAACCAGGCACUCACGCUUAGUGCCCAGGAAGGUGUGAGUUACCAGAACAUUGCAGACUUUGCGAACAGAUGGUCUGAUGUGUAUAAAAACAAGGGCUGAACGGCAUCUUGUGGUAGCAAGGUGAACGUAAAAAACAACAAAAUGAAGGUUACAGAAAACCAACAACCCAGAUGCUGACUGGAACACCGAAUCAUGACUGGAUCAAAAACAUUCUAACUGGAACAAAAAUUCUAACUGGAACACAAACACGGACUGGACAGUUUGGUAGACAGUAUGUGAGAAACUUGGCUAGGUGUAAGAAGAACAGAAUAUUAAACUAGUCAACAAGGACAGUCCCUUCACCAGAAUACACCCCCUCUCCCCCCCCCCCCCCACCUGACCAUGUCUGCCAAGCAACCAGUCAUGUGACAUACUGUCAUGUAAAGAAGUGUUGACAGUAAAAUUGUGUAGUAACAAGAAUGACAUUGGAUUGAAAAUACAGGUAUUUUUCAGUGGUGCCAUAUGACGAUGUCUGAUGUAAAUGUGAACAGCAUUUAUUUCUACCAUUCAAACUAGACUGAAAAUAUACUUCUCUCGUAAGACAUUAAGUUUUGAAACAAGAAAUGUCUGCGAUAUAGUCGGUUCAAAACUAUAUAUUGAAGGCUGUUAAAGCGGUGUUCUCAUUAUGUAACUGUCAUGUGUGAUUUAUCGGCCAUACAAAUAUUGGAAUGUAUAAGACUAAAAUCGUUCCGAUUUAGGUGUUGUCACUACAAUUUAAUCGCAUGCGUCAAGUUGGUGUGACUUAUCACAUAAUGAGAAUGCGACUAAUCGCACAAGGAGAAUGCUCCAAAACUGGUUAUUAGUCCCUGCAAGUCCAACCAGAGAGUACUAUAGGUUUUAUCUCUGAUUGUCUGUCUGUCUGUCCUAUAUAUAUAGUCUUUUAGACUGGUUUUCGCAAUGCCUCAAAAUAUACUGAUUGAAAGAAAUAAAGGAUCACACAGAUAGCAACAAG